GAUAUUGAGACAUAUAAUUCACGAAAAACAGGCGAGAUGCCUAACGCAAAAUAUGAUGAAGACAAAGUGUUUAUGAUUUGUAUGACAAUGCAUUGGAAAGAUGAUCCUGAACUGUUAAAACAAAUUUGUCUUAUCGAUGUUGAAACAGCACCAGAGUCAGGUUGGAUCACAAUUGUAUGUGGAUUCCAGACAGAUUUACUAAAAGCAUUCGCUUUAUAUUGGAAACUUCUAGCCCCAAAUAUACACAUAGGUUUUAACGAUUCUCAAUAUGAUUGGCAGUUUAUUGUAGAGAAAGCUAAUAAAUUAGGGGUUCUCAAAUGGAUGUUCAAUCAUAUGUCAUUCGAGCCAUCCAGCCUGGAAAAAAUUAUAAAAUAG